GUGUGUAUAACAUCUUGUGCAAGAUUAUAUAUUAUUCCCCUUAAGCACCAAUAUACGACAAAAUAUAUAUAUUAGUGGUGUGUUGAGUGUGUUAAUAUAAGUGAAGGUGUGACACUGACUCAUUACUAUCAUCUUACUCAUCAAUAUUAACUCACUCUUACACUCAUCCUUCAAGUAUCAACUCUUACAAGUUUCUUAAUUCAUCAAACAUGCCGUUGGAAUGGCUAUUUGGGCGGAAAAUGACACCAGAGGAAAUGCUGAGAAAAAAUCAGCGUGCCUUAACCAAAGCCAUGCGAGAUCUAGAUCGAGAGAGAUCAAAGAUGGAGCAGCAGGAGAAGAAAAUAAUUGCUGAUAUCAAAAAGAUGGCAAAGAUGGGACAGAUGGAUGCGGUGAAAGUGAUGGCAAAGGACCUGGUGCGCACCCGACGCUACACCAAAAAAUUCAUCAUGAUGCGUGCCCAGAUCCAAGCUGUAUCCCUUAAAAUUACCACACUAAAGAGCCAAAAUGCCAUGGCUCAGGCUAUGAAAGGAGUCACAAAGGCCAUGAUGAAUAUGAACAAGCAACUAAAGCUUCCUCAGAUCCAGCAAAUUAUGCAGGAAUUUGAAAAGCAAACUGAAAUUAUGGAUAUGAAAGAAGAAAUGAUGAAUGAUGUGAUUGAUGAUGCCAUGGGUGAUGAAGACGAUGAAGAGGAGAGUGAUGCUAUUGUAUCUCAAGUGUUGGACGAACUUGGCCUCCAAAUGACAGAAGGUUUGAGUGAACUUCCAUCAGCUGGUGGAACUCUUGGUACAACAACUGCUUCCAAGACACCUGUUGCUGUAGCAGAUGCUGCUGAUGAUGACAUUCAGGCAAGAUUGGACAACCUCAGGAGAGAGUGAACAUUCAAGGACAAGAAAAUGAAGAACACUGUUUAACUUGAACUGUAGCCAUUGUAUUGUAACAGUUCAAGAGACAAUAUGAUUGUGUUAAACACUAUUACAGCAAUGUAAAUUUACAAACUAUCUAGUUUUCCACACACACAUUGUGUUAUCAUACUUAAGUGUUAUCAUUUGUCUACAGAGUUUGUAAUAUUAUUGUCUAAAAACAGAUCACAGCAACAUAUAAAGUAAAAAAAAAAAAAGGUAAACUCAGUCAUUAAAUAUACUGUACAUUCAGUCCUCCUGCAUUUUCUUAACAUUUAUUGAUCACAUAAAUUUCGUUUUUACAGAAGUUAAAUUCCACCACUCCUUCCACCAAAUGAUCCAUACAGGCUUAGCACUUCCAAAAAAAAUGGCUCCUAGACUUACAAUGGUGUUGUUCUAAUAAACCCAUCGUAAGUUAAUAAUAUCAUUAAGUUGAAUAUGGAUAUGAUAUGCUAAAUAAAUUAAGCAAGUAAGUAACUGUCACUGAGUAAGUAAACAGACAAAUAAUUACUGUAACUAAAUACCAAUAUUAAAAAGUAAAUGAAUGAAUACAAGUUAUGGAAUCAUUGCCUUCAUGCUGGGUAAUUAUCUUAAGUAAAGUCAAAAUAUCGUAAGUUGAACCAUUGUAAGUUGAGGAGCACCUACCCAUGAGAGAAAGACUCAAAAGUACUGUAUUUUGAAAUUAGACGUGGCUCAAAUGUUUUGCCUUUUAGACGAAUGAGUGGUAAACGAUUUUUGUUACAGGUACUGUACUUAGGUAUUUUAUUUUAUAUGAUCUCUCUCUUGUUGUCUUUGGGAUGGAGGGUGCAAAUGGGGAUCACUUGUUAAGUGACACUGGUUGGUACUGUAUGUGUAGACUCAUCUCAGUGAAAAGGUCUUACCAAGGAGCUAUCCCUUGUCAUAUAAAUAAUGUAAUGUUUACAGGAUGAGAUUUAUUAUGACAUUAAUUUUUAUAUAGAGGUCUUCUGUGUCUGUAGGUAAAGGUAGCUAAUCAGAAAAUCUACAACAUAUACAUACAUACAUAUAUCUUUCUACCUAUCUAUCUAUUUAAUCUCUGCACUAUUAAAUGUAUCUAAAAACUAUGUAUAUGUGUAUGUACACAAUGCACAUAAAUAAUAUCUAGACUCAACGCUACACUGGCAAACUAUAAAUAACCUUCAGAUAUAUAGGUCACGAAAUGCUCAAAAAAACCUUCAUAACAUAUGCUAGGGCAAAAUUAGAAUAAGGAAAGGUGGUGUGGUGUCUGCAUUUUGAAAUGUGAAAAAUGCAAAAUGACUUUCAGAGAGAAUUAUGUAGAAAUGCUGAAAACUUAAAAAGCCCUCAUUGACCGAGAGGAAAAAAGGUGAUGUGGUAAUCACGUAGGAUUAUAAGAGAAUAUAAAAUAAUUGAUGAUGAAUUCUUAGCACCAUCUGCAUGGAGAACACAAGGCUACAGUUAUAUAUUAAAAGCAAGCAAUGCUGAAAGGUAACCAGAAAGCUAAUUCAAAGUGAUAGAACAGUAUAAUGCCAUACAAGAGGGGUGUAAGUGCUGCAGUUACAGAAAUUUUUAAAAAAUAACUUAAAUGUUCAAGACAGCACCACAAGAAUAUCCUUGCUACUAUAGCUACAGAUAAUCAUAGUGACUGAAAGACAAAAUCAUUAUCCAUCUUUCAUUCUCUAACUGUGUUUGUAGAAGCACCAAGACAUCACAAUUUAAAUGACCUUCCCAACUGCAGCAUCUCCACUUAUCCUUCAGCAUACAGGCACUGUAAUUACCACCUCCACAUUUCAAGCCUAGCUAAAUGUAAAUAAAUAUUGUACAGAUAUGUAUUAUGACAAAAUUACCAACUUAAGAUUUUUGUUUAAUCUGUAGACCAAAAGUAAUAACUAUGGUAAACUAUUGUCAACUUUGUGUGUCAGCCAAUCUAGAUUUUACAUUUGCUAAAAUUGAUCACAAAUGGUGAUCAAUUUUAGCAAUGUGAAUUGACUCCAAAAGGUCAAAAUCAUACCAUCAGCAUUCCUGUCAUGAAAUAUGUGUAUAAUAUAUAUUUUUUUUCAAUUUUUCAGGCACAGUACUGUAUACAUGUAUUAAUAUGACUUCAUUUUUGAGACAAAUGAAGGGAAAUGUGAGGUACUGUGUUACAUCUUUCUACAAGGAAAAUCAGUUUGACUAAAAAUUAUUUUUUUUAUUACUUAAAAUUGUAUCCGUAUUUAAAAAUGCAUUGGGAUGUAGUAUAAAAUACAUAAGUUAAAUUUCUUCCUGCUUUCCCUUUGCCUUACCCCAACUCCUCAGCCAUACUUCCUUGACCCCCUCUUUCCCCAUUAUACAAUUUCCCCUCCUUGUCUCUCCUUCCUGUCUCUCCAUCUUCCACUUCCACAUCACUCCAACUACCUUCCAAUCUUUCCCUCUCAUAUCACCCCAGCCUCUUAUCCACCUUUACCCUAUCGCAUCACCCCAACCUCUUACCCACCUUUUCCUCUUCAGAUUUACCCCUCCCCUCUCUUAAUCCCCACCCCAAUUCUCCAUUCAAUCCACCUUUCCCAUUUCCCUUGUAACUGUUGUCAACCCCAUCUCCCCCUACUUCUAAAAUUUUCCUCCCUUGAACACUCCCAAGUUUAUACAAACACUCACCCCCCAGUUUCCACCCCUUCCCUCCCUUUCCUGUGCUAGUGCCUUGGGUUGAUAAUGCACCACCAUGUUUGUUAUGGCAGUACUGUUAAAAUGCUCCUUUAUUCAGUACAUCACUAGGGAGCCUGGAGUGUGUAGGAUCUACAAAAAUACACAAGGCUCAAGGUUAAACAUAGUUUCGUCAGCAAUAUGAGAUCAUUUUCGUGAAUUGAAACUUUGUACCAGGUUGAAAAUAUUUUAAACCUAGUAGAUGCUGCAGAAACAACAAAAACAUAUAAAUGGUGCUUCAAUUAUACAGUUCCCAAGAUAUUGUAAAAAUUAGUCUUUAUAGGACUUGCCUGAAUACCAAUCCUGCCAUGCAUUGAUAGCACUACAGUGAUUACAGUAAGCUCACUUAUAAAGUGUGAUUGAAAAAGGACAUGCAAAAAUAAAUAGCAUGUGGAAAGGCAAAAAUACACACAUUGGCUUCGGAUUCACUUUUUCAGUCGUAUUUACAAAAAUUCACACCAUGUAGAGGAGCUUUAUAAGAGAGCUGACCGUACAAUAGAAUGUUACAAACCUAUUAAUAAUUUUUUAAUAGUUUGUAUUGUUAGAAAUUUUGAUUGUCAUUAUUUUGAAAAUGUCAGGGAAUGAACCUGUGUGAUGCAUGUGUAAUUGAAUCCAAAUCACUAAAGUUAUCUGCUCUGGAAAGAGUUUACUUUACAUAAUCAUUUUCUAUCUGUGGUCUUUUAGCAGACAUUCUAUUUCGUGUGAGAUCAGAUAACUGCACAUAAGGGAGUUCACUAUUUUUCAUAAAGUUUUAUUAACCCUUAAACGGUCCAAACAUAUAUAUACGUUUAUUCAACAUUUGAAAGUAUGUAAAAAAAUGUAGAUCUUCUUUUUGUUUUACAUUUGAAAAUGUGUAAAAAAACUUUUAUCUACAUUUUUUUUUUUUUGUUAUAUUUGAAAAUAUGUAAAAAAAAGUAGAUCUACUUUUGGAGCACUACGAAUUUGAACGUCGAUCUGUUUGGAGCAUUUAAGGGUUAAUGUGUAUAAUCAUGUACUUAGAAUGUUUGGAAUGUAUUAAUGAUUUAUAAAGUGUCUUGCAGUAGUGACUACAGUGCAUACUUAAAACACUUUUUGUUCAGAUUUUAGUUAGAUAUACAGUAAUUCAUUUUUUCUCAAGUAUAACAAAGUUUAUAUGUGCAUAUUUAUCAAUAAUAGGUACAGUACAUAUACAAAAAUCUAAAAAUCUUUUCCGUCAAAUGUAUUGUUCAUGAUACAUAACCAACAGUACCAUAUUUUUUUAUAUAAAUUUGUCUUUUUCUGUAAAUUUUAAAACUUGCCAAAUGUUGAAGUAGCUUGUAUCCAAUAUAUUGUAUAUCUAACA